GGGGGUGAAUAUCCUUCACAGCGAAAAUGGGCAACAUUUUGGUGAGUAUGACGGAGUGGACUGCCCAGCAGUUUGCGGUCACCUUCGUUUGGGUUUAUGUCGUGCUACUAGCAAUUCAGCGCUUCAUUUUCGAUAAGCCAUGGGGAGCACAGGCUAGGUGCCGCAAGGCUAUCGAAACGAAUGAGAAAACUAGAGCAAGUGGUUUUGACGAGUUCCGCUCCCGCGUGGCUACCAAUGAUACUGCUGUCAUUGAGAGGCGGAAGGAAAUUCUUUCAUGGUCUUUGCUUGAACUCAGAGAUCGCUUACAAAAAGAUGACCUGAAUGCUACACAAGCCUUGGAAGCGUAUGUGUGGAAGGCCAUGGAAGUUCAGGAAAGACUGAACUGUUGUAUAGAAGUGAUCAAGGAGGCAUUCGAUACUGCUAAUGAAGCCGAUAAGAACUGGUCAGGAAAAACUCAGAAACCACCAUUGUAUGGUGUCCCGUUCAGUGUCAAAGGCAACUUCUAUAUGCCCGGUUACGACUGCUGCGUUGGUCUAGCGAAAUUCCUUGAUCAGCCAAGAUUAGAGGAAUGCACCCUUGUGACUCAUCUACGGAAUAUCGGGGCUAUCCCUUUUGUCAUUACAAACGUACCGCAAGCCCUCAUAUCUUUUGUGUGUUCCAACUCUGUUUACGGGACUACUUCGAAUCCGCAUGAUGUGAAAAGAUCACCGGGAGGUUCCUCUGGCGGAGAAGGAGCGCUUUUCAUGGCUGGUGGCACUGCAUUCGGUACGGGAAGUGAUCUUGCGGGAAGUUUGCGUAUUCCUGCCGCUUUCUGUGGAUUUGUAACUUUGAAGCCUACAGAAGGUCGCUUUGUCGUGGAAAAUACUCAUCCUGGAGUGCCAGGUCGUUCGCGCCUUGCUCUUAGUUUUGGUUUCUACACACAUACGGUAGAGAAUCAAGUGGCGCUGCUCAGAAAUGUCAUAGGUGAUCCCGAAUAUCGAAAAAUUGUACCCAGAUCCAUUCCAGCUCCACUAAAUGAAAAAAUUUUACAUGAUACAGCGAAAUUGCGUAUUGGCUACUUCGAUGAUGACGGAUUCUGUCCCCCGGUUCCAUGCGUCAAGAGAUGUGUACAAGAGACAGUCGAACGUCUAAGGCAAGAAGGUCAUGAGCUCGUUCGAUUCACUGUCCCCGAUGUAGACGAAAUGGUGCAGAUUCUUUACAAACUUAUAACUUCUGAUGGGGGCAGCUAUCUGCAAGCUCUAUAUGGAAAUGACGUUGUGGAUCCGUAUAUGAAGGAGUUCGUGAUGAUGUUGAAGAUUCCUCGCUGCAUACGUUACGUUGCAUCGUGUCUCCUGCACAAGAUCAGUCCGCAGCUGUCGGCUCUAUGUUCUGCAUAUGUCUCAAAUCUUGAAGAUUUGCGGUACACUCAAGAACGAUGUGAUGACUACAGGCUCAAGUUCACCGAGUACUGGAAAAGAUUAGGUAUCGAUGCUCUAAUCUGUCCGACUUUCCCUGUCCCGGCAGUUCCACAUCAAUAUCCUUCGAGAAUGUCAACCGCAGCAACUUAUACAGCCCUUUUCAAUUUGUUGGAUUUCCCUGCUGGUGCUGUACCCGCGGGAAAGGUGACUGCACAGGACGACGACGAUUUGUUGAAUGAAGCCAAGUACCCCACUGGUUACAACAUCGUUCUGAAAACCAUGCGUGAUGCUGCUUCAAAAAGUGUUGGCUUGCCUCUUUCCGUCCAGGUGGUGACACUGCCGUAUGAGGAGGAGAAGUGUCUUCGCGUUAUGAGCGAAGUGGAGAAUGUCUGGAAAGAUGACCAUUCUACGGAAGAUCUUGUUGUUUUGUCAGAUUAAAUCUUGCUUGCCCAAUCAUAGUAAUUAUGCGCA